AUGAUUGACGCAGUGCUGAGUGUUUACAACAAGGAUCGCAGCAUGGUUCUAUUCAUGGUUGUCGACAACUGCGCUACAAACCAAGCCGUUGCUACGCGAAUGAGGGUGCCUCUCGUUGGAUGCGCAAGUCAUCGCUUCAACCUCGCCGUCAGCCGGUACCUUGAAGACUUCAAGACGCUGAUCGACCAAGUGCAAACACUAUGCGUUCAGCUACGUUACACCAACAAUGCGGCAGAGCUGGCUCGGUUCACCAAGUACAAGCUGCUGAAGUCGAACGCAACGCGCUGGUCAUCCACUCACCAGAUGCUGGCUCGCUAUGUGGAGAUCCUGGAUGCCAUCAAGAUGGUGGCUGCGGUGGAGGACCUGCUUCCUCGGCCUAGCACGCAUUGUCAGAUUGUCCAGCUCGUCACUAAUCUUGAGGCGCUAGACAGUGUCUGCGUCAAGCCGCAGGUCGAAGAGGGCAAUCUUGCUGACGUGCGACUCUUAUUUGACGCUAUCAUUUCCAAGUACCCAGCGACGGCACACCACCCGAGUGCAUCUGCUCGAAUCGUGCACUCUCCGGCCUUUGAGAAUGCCAUUGUCAACCUGCUAUCGGACCGGUCACUGAGCUCUGAUGAAGAAGAGGCUGUUGCUCGUUUUACUGGCCCAGAUGAUCUCGAACCAGCAGCUCCGAAGACGAAGACGGACUUUGCGACGGAGACGCUUCGUCAGGCGAAGAAACCUCGCCGGGCUGCUGUGACCAAGUACAUCGACGUGCUGCGAAUGAUUCCUCCUACCUGCAAUCGAUGCGAGCGCCUCUUCUCGCGGUGCAAGUUGGUGUCCAAUCCUCUACGCUCCAGUCUGCUACCAGCUAACUUCGAGAUGCUGGUGUUCCUACGUGCCAACCGGGAGCUCUCGGACUUCACAUCUCUGUUGGGGUUCCAUGAGGCGGCCGAUGAAGACGCAGAGUAG